UGAAGGAUGGAGAUAAUUUCUUCUUAGCUGCAAGAAGCAAAAGUCUUUUUUAAAAAUAGGAAACUAUACAGAUAACGAAGUUUGGGUGGUUUGAGCUGACGUGCAUGCGAAACUUCUGAAAAUCGAAUUUGAGCAUCCUGGGAUUAUGAUGAAGGAGACACUAUACUACAGUCUGCCAGGUGAAGUGGCACUUCAUUGUCUCGCCUAUUCUCCGGGGUCUUUAUAUGAUUUGCUAAAUAAGUGAGGAGGUGCCGUUUUUUUUAGCAACCCGGAAGGGACAGUUGCGGUCUGCUCUUUUUGUGUUCACAGGAAUCCAUAUCUGGCAUCCUCUCGCUCCCCCUGAUUUGUGGCGCAGAGAUGGUCGGGAAAAGAAGUGGCAUUACAAGUUGCUGUGAAAGGAUUUUUUUUCAUGUGAUGUUAUUUUCUUCGCUUUCUCCGCUGAGAUUGAACCCCGCUGGAUUCUAACUUUAUAAUCUGGCUGUCGGACCUGCUUAAGGGGAGAAAGUGCGGGACGAGCUCCCCCACCGCCCGAUGUAACAGCAGAGAACGAGAGAGAGGGGGGAAAGGGCUAAAGCGAACUGGAGGAAAGAGUGGCGAAGUGAUGGAUGCCACUGCCAGACAACAAAGGAUGCACGCUUGUCACCUCGUGUAAUUCUACCCGCUCUGUGGGUAAAUGAGAAACUCAAAUAUAAAUCGGAUUGGACUUAGUUGGUAAUAGGAUUCUGCAUCAACCCCACACCUCAGACACCCUCGCUGUUUCCGCACGAAGAAGAAAACAUUCUGUGGCAAACCUCGGACAGCUCCUUGUGAUUCACAACAUCGAGAUGACCCGUUUGAACCUUGCGAUAUCAGCGAGCGAGCGGGAUGGAGACGUGUAAGAGGAUGCUGCUAGACUACUCUGACUUUAAUGUUUGUGCCUCACAGUUCGUGGCUCUCAGCCUCCAUUGAAUCCCGAAAGAAAACGCCUCUGUCCAUGAAAAAUAAUCCUUCCCUAUUGGCUGGAUUGCGGUGCACAUGCUAUAACAACAGGAUAUGCAAAGAGCUAUGGGCUGAUCUAAUAGCCUAUCAUGUUAGUCGCAUGCUUUCUCAAUUCAGAUCUGAAUUUUAUUCAGUAAGAUUUGAACUGUCUACUUGAAUCAAUUCAAUACCUCAACAACAACAACAACAACAACAACAACAAUAAUAAUAAUAAUAAUAAUAAUAAUAAUAAUAAUGAAGGGACUGUGACAGUAAAGCUGAAGGUUGCUCUGUUUGUGGCUGUGUAGUAAAGCUGCUGAAGAAUGUUUAAGUAUCGCAUCCGGAUGUUCUUUAAUGAACUCAAAGUGUUGCUACUGAUGCGUUCUGGAUCAAGCAGGAGGACGGACACUGACCCGAACACACAGACCACGAUGAGAGGGCUCGCUAUUGGAGGCUGUGAUUGGCCACAGCUGAGGUGCUCUCAGCGGGACGACGAGGAGGAGUACUAUGGCUCUGACCUCCGGCCACGAAGCCUGGCGUUUGAGGAUAAAGAAGGUGCCAAACCUCAGGGAGGAGGAGUAGGAAACAUGGAUGCUGCUUCACUCCCGAGUCUCUCAGAGAGCGGGACGCGAUCACCGCAGUGCCGGAUCUGCUUCCAGGGGCCAGAAAAGGGGGAGUUGCUGAGCCCUUGUCGCUGUGAUGGCUCAGUGCGCUGUACCCACCAGUCCUGCCUUAUCCGCUGGAUCAGUGAGAGAGGCUCCUGGAGCUGUGAGCUCUGCUACUUUAAGUACCAGGUGUUGGCCAUUAGAACCAAAAACCCACUGCAGUGGCAGGCCAUCUCUCUGACUGUGAUUGAGAAGGUACAGAUUGCAGCCAUUAUCCUCGGCUCUCUGUUCCUCAUCGCAAGUAUUUCCUGGUUGGUUUGGUCCUCUCUCAGCCCCUCAGCCAAAUGGCAACGGCAGGACCUUCUCUUCCAGAUAUGCUACGGCAUGUACGGCUUCAUGGACAUAGUUUGCAUAGUUGAAGUGAAGUUCCUACUUCCAUGUGAGCACAGCCAGAUCGUAGACAAUCAGCAGUGGGCAUAA